AUUCGUGUUAUAUAUUUGUGCUAAAAAAUUUUGUUCAAUUAAAUACUUUUUUUUUAAGUUUCGGAGCAUACGAAGGACGCGAUGUGGGAUCGUAUCGAGGAGAAGUUCUUUGUGGCGAUGAAUAAGGACGUCUCGUACCGUACCCGGGACCAACUCACUUCCUACUGGGGCAUCAUCAACCGUAAAGUUCGAAAGUUUAUCGGAGUUUACGAGGAAUGCACUUGGUCCCAAAAGAGCAGGAUGAACGACGUCGAUGUUCUCCGGCUUGCCACAGCCCGGUAUCAAGACGACGGGCACCAAGGCAAGGUGCGCAUCAAUCUUUUGGGAAUUUUAAGCCGUUCACCGAAAUGGCAACAACUCAAUAAUCCCGAUGCCGGAUCCUCAAAGAAAAGAUCCUCUGCCGACGCCGAGGUUGAUGACACUAUUGGUUCGUCCGAACAAAGGCCUCCCUUCAACCUUGACGAUUCUGAUGAUGAGGACCCCAUUCCACGACCGAUCGGAAGAAAGAAGGCAAAACCCAUUGUUGGGUUUAGGAACUCGGGGCCUAGGAGACUAGGCGAAUGAGUAUCAAACUGAGUUGAGAGUGCACCAGUUGGGAAUCAAUUAGAUUGUAAGUAUAAGUGUGCUAGUUAAAACGUGUCCUCCCUUUCUCUCAAGAAAGGGUUUAUAUACAAACUACAGAUGGGGUUCCCGACCGUUGGUCUAGAGCCCAACGAGUCGGGCCCACUAAGAUUUGGUUGUUCACCAGUGGCGCCUAACCACAUCAUUAUUCUUAGGGUGGCUAUACAAAAAAGGUUACAAAUAGGG